ACAAAGAAAUUUUUCUCAAAACCCAGAAGAAAAAUGAAGAACGGCAACGCUAAUACGAAGCUGAUUCUUCUCCACCCAUCGAUCCACAAACCGGUCGCUUCCCCCCACCGUCUCUUCUUCCUCUUUUUGGUCACUUUCUUCACUUUAGCUUUCUCUCUAACCCUUUUCACCACAACCUCCAUUUCCAGCCCCUCUACCCAUUCUCUUUCCACCGCCGCCUCUUCCUCUUUACAUCCGUCAGUCACCGCCGCGCUCCUCCACUAUGCUUCCACCGUCAACGCCACCACCCACCACAUGUCGUCUCCCGAACUUUCCCUCAUUGCUUCUACUCUCCAUAAUUGCCCUUCCUCGCCUUGCCGUUUCCUCGUCUUUGGGAUAACUCAUGAACCACUCCUCUGGCACUCCCUCAACAUCCACGGCCACACCGUUUUUCUCGACGAGAGCGAGUACUUGGUCUCGUCGUUCGAGCGCAGCUACCCCGAAAUCGAAGCGUACGAUGUUCAGUACACUACCAAAGUGAAGAAGAUGUCGGAUUUGUUGUCUUUGGCCAAAUCCCACAUCGGCGACGAGUGCAAGCCGGUGCAGAAUCUCCUGUUUUCCGAUUGUAAGCUGGCGAUCAACGAUAUGCCGAACCAUAUUUACGAUUUGAGCUGGGAUGUAAUCUUGAUCGACGGUCCACGUGGCUACUUCCCAGAUGCUCCGGGGAGGAUGGCUCCGAUUUUCACGGCGGCGGUGAUGGCGAGGAGCAGGAAAAAAGGAGGGAAAACCCAUGUUUUCGUGCAUGAAUUCGAGAGGGACGUUGAAAGCAUUUUUAGCGACGAGUUUUUGUGCGACGAAAAUUUGGUGGAAACCGUGGAUUCUCUGGGACAUUUUGUCCUUAAAACAGAACCCAUUGACGGUAAGAAGCCUCAGUUUUGUAAAAAUCCGAUAUCAUCGUCGCCUUUAUCUGCUUCAUUAUUAUCCGGACAACGUGAUGACUGA